AUGAAUCAAUAGUCUAUAAAAUAUUUGAUCAAUCAAAUCAGGAAGGUGAAUAAUUAAGAAGACAAAACUAUAGGAGAAGUAUUUAAUUAAAAUAUGUGAAAGUUUUUAUAACUAGUUAGAUAAAUGUAUGAUGUAAAAUAGAAAGGGGAUUGUAUGAAUUUAAUAGCUAGUGGUUUUGCAAGUAUUCUUUUAGAAAUCAUUUUCAAAGUAUUUUCAUUAAUUCUAAAGUAGUUUGAUCUAAUUAAUGAAAAUGAUAGAAUGGAAGCAUUUCUAUUUUAUAGAGAUCUUUUACAGUAUGAAUUUUAAAAUGCAGAUCGAUAAUAAAGAAAAUCUGAUGAUCUAUUAGAAUCAUAUAGACUCAUCAAGUUAUUACCUUAAUAGCUCAAUGAAGUAUUGUAAAUGUUGAUUAUAUUUAGCUUUUUUUGGAUGAUGGAGAUGAAACAGCUAUUUUUAGUAAUUUUUGUAGAGAAUGGAGUACUCCAAAUUUGAUCUGGACUUAAAUAAUGAUGAAAGAAAUGCUUCUAAUUUAUAUUGAGUAUUAAAAUACCUUAUUCUUAGAUAUAAUAAUCUUAUUUUGAAAAAACUAUCUAAUGAUUAUGGAUAGAUUUUUCCUAUAAAUUCACCAUUAUUUCCAGAACAAAGAAAUGAAACAUUUGUUGAAUAUAUGAUGCUUAAAGAAUAUAAUAUCUAACCUGAUUGGUAAACUGAGGAAGGACUAAUUGUUUUCAUGAAUGAAUUAAUUGAAUCAAUCAAUCUAUCACUUAGAUUAUAUCUAGAGGGAAAUUUCAAUAAUUCUGAAUCCUCCAUUAAAUAAUUUGAGAGAUUGUCUUGUAAAUUAAUAACUUAAUUAACUUCCUUUGAAUUAGCUUUAGAGUAAUUAUUUUUCAAUUAAAAACAUCCUGAAUUUGAGAAUGAAAUGAAAUUAUUAGAAGAUUAUGAUUAAUCUUAAAUCAAUAAAUUAUUAUAAGAACAACGAGAUAGUAUUCCAAUUAUGAUUGUUAAGAGUGUUUAGAAAUGGUUGGAAUUGAUUAAUGUUGACCAUAUAACAAUUAAUUAAUAAAUUAAGUCUUGCAUAAUUCAAAUUCAUAACAUACUUUCAUAAUCAGAAGUAGCUUUAGUAAUUUUGGAUGAAAUUGAUAUUUUAAGCAAAUCAUUAAAUAUAUGUUUAUCAAUUAUCAAUAGUUAAUAACAUAAAUGUAAUUAUUAUAUAAUAUUAAUAAGAUGAUAAAUUGUUGACAUUGGUAACAAUCUGUGACAUGAUCACAUUUAAAUUUUUGAUAUCAAAAUUAGAUUCUAAGAAUUUUAAUUAAAUAUUAUCAAUUUAUUAAAUUGUUAUUAAGGAUGAUUAAAUGAUAAUCAAUGUUUUUAAAAACUUGAUUGCCCUUAUUUAUACAGAUUCUUCUGUUGCUAAUGAUUUCAAUAAAUUUCUGCUUUAACAAAGUGGACCAAUUAAAUCAAGUGAUCUCAAGAUUUUAUAAAAUAAAGAAUUUAAUAAAUUGAACAUCUGGAGAAAUCAAUUUGAUGAGAAUUAUAAAAUCUAAACUUAUGAAGAAUUACCUAAAUCUCCUAAUUAAUAUCCUAUUUUUCCUAUAAUUUCAGAAUGUGCUAUUAAAUAAUUGUCACAUAAACCUGAGAUUUUAGAGAAUAGAUUAAAAAUGAUAGAAAAAUAUUAUGAAGAAUAUAUUUUUAAUUUGUAAUCUGGAAAAAUAAUUGAAAUAAAUAUGAAUUUAAAUUCGUAAUAUGAAUCUUUAAUAGAUUAGAUUACACUUCGAUAAACAUUAAUAGUAAAGGAAUAAUCAGAUGAAAUAAUAAUAGGUGAUGAUGAAAUAUUUUCAUGA